AUGAGACAAAGGAGAGCACUUAGACAAUUCACUUUGAGUACAGGGAAGUCUGCUGGUAGGAAUUCCUCAGGGCGUAUUACGGUUUUUCACCGAGGGGGUGGAUCGAAGCGAUUGCAGCGAAGAAUUGAUCUGAAACGAAGCACUUCGUCUAUAGGCAUUGUAGAAAGGAUAGAAUAUGAGCCUAAUCGUUCUUCUCGAAUCGCUCCAGUACGAUGGACCGGGGGGGGGGUCCGCCAGAGAAAAUGCAAGACGAUAGAAGAGUUCGCUCCGCCGCGUAAGAUCCUCGAAUCAACCACGACUACCAUAAUUAGGAGGGAGAAAGAGCUUUUCCAAAGGAACCUUUUGGGGUUGGGGGCCGCUCUCUUCCUUCUGAUUAUGACAAGUUUUUAUUCAACAAGUGAGUAUCUUGACUGCUUCGUAGCCGCGUGCGACGGGGGAAGGGGUUCCUCGUCUGGCGCUCUUGAUUUCUCUCCUCCGAGAGAACCAGAACCGCGCCUUCCCGAGCCCGAGGUUGCGCCCAUUCCACGCGAGGUCCUCGUUCCGGAAUUAGAGCAACCUCUCCUUCCUGAUAUCCAAAGGAGGGUAGAGCUUCAACAGCGAUUGUCGCUCUAUUUCAUUGGUAGGAACGAGGCCAGGCACCUCCCGCCCUUUUUGGGUAUUUUGGAGAAACAAAUGCUGCUGGAAAAAAAGAUAGAAGCAGCAUUGGUGCGGGAUGGGUUUCCCCCCCAUAUAGUUCUGGCUUGGAGGUCAGAAAUCCGCGGCCUACUCUUUAACCACCCUACUAGGGAGGCUGCGCUUUCUGAAAAUACCUUAAAUAGGUAUUUGAGCCAGAUCGAAAGAGAUGGCACUCGUCAGAGCCAGCCCUAUCUUAGGCUGGUUCGGGCGAUCCGCAAUGCGGAGAUUCUCUAUGGGACGAGAAAGAGGAGACCCCCUUUUUGGCCUUUCUGA